CGUUUCUUGCAGAACUGAAUUCUUGUCUUUGUUAAACUGAAUAAAAUCUACGUUUGGUUAUCGUAUUCAAUCAUUUGUUUUGUAUUUUAGUAUUAUGAAAGACUUUAAAAACUUUUCAAUUACUGUUAUUUACAACGAAAAAGUGUAAUUGUGCAUUUUUUUCAGUUAAAACAAUAUGAUUUUUUCAAAAGCUGCAAUUUCUUUAUUAUGUGUGUUAUUAAUUAUAUCAAUAUUUAUGGCUAGCUUGCUAAAUAUUAUAGCGACAGACCACAAUUUCUAUAUUGAAAACAAAGACGAGGGGCUAAACUACACAAAAUAUCUAAGUGAAAAAUAUAUGAAAAUAACUGAUAGCAGUAAAAAUUUAAUAUGGUUUUUACAAAUUUCUGAUAUACACAUCAGUAUAUUCCGAGAUCCGGGUAGAAUAUCCCAAUUCCAGCAGUUUUGUGAUAACACAGUAAAAAAUAUAAAACCAAACAUUGUCCUGGCGACAGGAGAUCUCACAGAUGCUAAGGCAAAAGAUAAUUUGGGCAGUUCUCAAGUGAAAAAAGAAUGGAUAUACUAUUACAAUAUUGUACAAGAAUCCGGAGUUACAAGUAAAACUAUUUGGUUAGAUAUAAGAGGAAAUCAUGAUAAUUUCAACAUUAAAAACAUUAAUGCUCAAGAGAAUUAUUUCAGAAAUUACUCUGUCCAGGGUAAAACUUACCCAAGAUCUUAUGUUCAUAUUUUAAAUGAAAAUGGCGUAAAAGUAGCUUUCUUAGGCGUUGACGCGUGCCCUGAUCCUGGCAUACGGAGACCGUUCAAUUUUAUCGGCAUAUUAGAUAACCAAGAACAGCAACACUUGCAGAAAUUAAAGCUAGAAGCAGAAUCGAAAGCCGAUCAUGUCGUUUGGUUUGGCCACUAUCCUACGUCAUGUAUACUGUCCUUAGAGAGAGACUCGCAGAGACUAAAUCUCCGACAACUUAUAAGCAACGCAAAAGGAUCUCAAGUCUACGUCUGUGGCCAUCUUCAUUCUAUGGGUGGAUUAGUACCACAAAUGUACACAAUUCAAAGGAAAGGUUUUCUUGAACUCGAAUUAGGUGAUUGGAAAGAUAAUAGAAUGUACCGUUUGGCGGCAAUAGACCACGGUAUUUUUUCAUUCGUCGAUCAAAAACAUAAUACGUGGCCAGUUGUCCUUGUGACUAAUCCGAAACAUGCGCUAUAUGCGAUGCCCGGUCGCGAGCCUUUGACUUUGAUUAGAUAUUCGACUCACGUAAGAAUCCUGGCCUUUAGCGAUGUAAAUAUUGACAGCGUACAGAUAUCCUAUGAUAAAAUAAAUUGGUCCCAGUGCAAAUUGGCAGAAACACCCUUGUAUGUUUGUCAAUGGCAACCUGAUUUGUUUAAAAGUGGUUUACAUAAUUUAUAUGUCAUGGGUACGGAUGAAAUUGGAAGAAAAACUAUUGUGGAUCAUCCAUUUUCUUUAGACGGAUCAAAUUUGCAAUUCAAAGUUGUUCCGAGAAUAUUGCUUAUGCUCGAUGCUGGUGGCGUGUUUCAGACACUGUUUGGAACUCUGUUGAUGGUUAAUAUAUUACCAUUAGUGAUACUGAGGUUUCAAAAGCGUCCGCCAAAAUGUCGCCGAGGCAUCGCUAACAAGAUUCUUAGAAGGAUUUGGUUGCUUACGAAGAUAGAUAGAGUUUUCUAUCCUUUAGUUUUGUAUGUGCUGUACAUACCUUUUGGACCAUGGGUCGUUGGUGAACUAAUCGAUGGAUACAUUGGUGUCGUAUUUGCGUGGGGUAUUGUAAUAAGGGGGUCAUACAUACCAGAACCGUUUACAUACAUGUACGGUAGUGUGCAGUUGAUGUUUGUACACAUGCCCCUUGUUUUUGUAUUGGCGUAUUGCCUAGAGAUGAGAUUAUUUGGCCAACAUCUAAGAGGUGUUAAACGACUUUUGAAGAAUUUACCUUUUAUAUUUUUGUUGUCAAUACAACUUUUAUUGGCGUAUUUCUAUUGGCUUGAGUAUGGCACGCUGGCCUUUAUAUUUGGGCCUCUAAGGACAUGGAGUGUGUUCUUAAACAUACUUCUGUGGUAUAAAACAUUGACUUUACCUCCAGACUACUGCAGGUCUUUAUUAAAAUUGGAGGAUUUACCUUCGUAAUGAUUAUAUGAUAUAUAAGAAUUUUAACAAUUGAAGAGCUUGCUGUGCACGCUUACAUAGUACGAUGAACAUAUUUUUAUACAUUAAUUAACUAUAUUAUUCACAGUUAAUGCUUUAUGAGUCUGUAGCACAUUCGGCAUAGUCAAAUACUGUAGCCACACAAACAAGUGUUUUUGCAUACGAGGCUAUUGUAAAAUUAUGAUAAAAUAUAGACAAUGUUUAGUAAUAUUAUUACUGUGGGUUUUUAUUAGCGAAAUAAGAAAAAAAAUUGUUUCUUUAUUAUAAAGACACAGGUAGUGACAAUAGAUUCUUACACAGGUUUAGCCAGUGUAAACCCGUAGUAUGUUUGAGUAUUGAUCGUACCAAAGAAAAAAUAUUCAGGAGUUACAGUAUUACACUAUUAAUUUAUAUAUUCACUAUUAU